AUGGGCGGACACCGCCGCCGUCAAAAGCGUUUUCUUGAUCGUUCUUCCUGCUCCUCUUCGCUAAAUUUUGUAACGAUGAUGCUAGUAUUAUGUUUCUUAUUGUUUUUUUGGACUGGGAUUUGCCUGGCUGACGGAAAACAACCUAAUGCCACUCAUCAUCACUCUUCGUUUACCCCUAUCAACCACGAUCUUUAUCACACCAGUGGGGCUUUGCUGGAAGAAAUUGAAGGCUUAGUGGAUCGCCAUCCGGAUAAAUUAUCGAUUGAGACGAUAUCGAGUAAAAAUAAGGGGUACCAAGCUAAGAUGAACGUGGUCACUUAUUGUCGUGAAAAGAAAGAAUGCGAUGGCAAGUCGAAACUCAGAAUCCUUCUUAGUUUUGGCCAGCAUGGAAGGGAGCUCAUUACCUCCGAACUUGCAUUACGGAUCCUUUCUAUAUUAAGUGAAGAAGAGUUUUUACCUAACACAGACAGAAGGUCACUAAAUAACACACUUGAUAAGCUUGUUAUAAAGGUUGUACCAAUGGAAAAUAUAAAUGGCCGCAGACUUGUUGAAUCGGGGGAGUUUUGUGAGAGAAGAAAUGGAAGAGGGGUCGAUUUAAAUCGAAAUUGGAGUGUAGAUUGGGGAAAAAAAGAGAAGGACUAUGAUCCAUACGAAGAAAAUCCUGGGACUGCCCCUUUCAGUGAGCCUGAGACUCAAGUUAUGAGGAAACUAUCCAUGUCUUUUGAGCCACAUAUAUGGGUUAAUGUGCAUUCAGGAAUGGAAGCGUUGUUUAUGCCCUACGACCACAAAAAUACAACACCGGAGGGAGCCCCUUCUCAGAGAAUGAGAUCAAUACUUGAAAAGUUGAAUCAUCUGCACUUGGGAGAUCGAUGCUUGAUUGGAUCUGGUGGAGGCUCUGUCGGGUAUCUUGCACAUGGUACUGCAACUGAUUACAUGUACGAUGUCGUGAGAGUUCCAAUGGCUUUCACUUUUGAGAUAUAUGGAGAUACUGCAGCCUCCUCAAAGGAUUGUUUCAAAAUGUUCAAUCCCAUGGACAUCACCACCUUCAAUAAAGUUCUCAAUGACUGGUCGGCCGCUUUCUUCGCGAUGUUCAGAUUGGGUGCUCUGCAGGUGGAGGAUGGACUACUGCAUCCGGGCGGGGUUGCCGCUGGGUCAAGUAUGAAUAAAUGGAUAUCCAUAGAUGAUUAUCUGAAUGGUUAUUUGAUGGAAAGGAGGAAUAGAUAUGGGAAGAAAAUGGAAGUGCUUGACCUAGGAAUGCAGGAGAUUAGGACGUAUUUCCGAUUGUUUAUGUUAUCGUCAGUCCUUUUGAUGUUCAUGUUUUGUUCUAGGAUCUCAAAGAAGAACACUAGACCUAUUGUUACAGCUAUUUCCUUAUAG